AAAGUAAUGUUGCUUAGCUUGAAAAUGCACCCUUUCCUAGGGGCUCUUCUUACUGGUGGAGUGCUGUACGGCGCAGCUCUGUUGUAUACAAUUUACAGAUAUCUGUUCAAGCGCUCAGGCCUAAAAUAUAAGGGCAAGCACGUGUUCAUCACUGGUGGCAGCACUGGCUUGGGUCUUUCCAUCGCUACUAAGUUGUUCAGAAAGGGUGCCAAAGUCACCAUUAUCGCUAGGAACGAAGAUAAGCUAAAGAAAGCUGCAGAGACUAUCUCUAAGAAGGGUGACGGCAGAGUUCAGUAUUUCACAUUUGAUUGUAGCAAUCCUGAUGUUAAUGAAGUUGAAAAAUUGCUUGACAAAGCUGAAGGAGAAUUUGGGCAUAUCCAAUAUCUGUUUUGCACAGCAGGGUUCUCUCUCCCCAAUAUGUUUUUGGAAGCUGACCAAACCUUCUUUGAGAGACAGAUUAACACGAAUUAUCUUGGAUAUGUGAAGAUGUCGCAACCGGUAGCUAAGAGAAUGGCUGAGAGAAAUAGCUAUAACAAAGGCUCAAAGUUAGGAGAUUCAGGAACAAUAGUUUAUACCUCCUCUAUACUUGGUGUCUUAACAUGUGUAGGAUACUCUCCUUACUCACCAACAAAGAGUGCUAUCAAGGCCCUUGCUGAUAUUGUAAGAAUCGAGAUGGCGCCUCAUAACGUUGGCGUUCAUCUCUUCUUGCCAGGCUCCAUUCUCUCUCCUGGAUAUGAAGAGGAGAAUAAGUACAAACCUGAGGUCACCAAGAAGAUCGAGGGUUCAGCAGACUUCCUGGCCCCUGAAAAAUGCGCUGAUAUUCUACUCUCAGGAAUGGGAAGGGGAGACUACAUCGUCACCACUGAGAUGCUAUUCGAAUUCAUAAAUCCAACAUCUAUUGGGUCAUGAGAUAGGGAUAAUUUCUUAUUCCACCUGUGCAUGGCACCAAUAGCAGUCAUCCUGAAUUAUGUUAUCAACUUCAUAAAUCAUAAGGCCAUGAGGGACUCAGUUAAGUAGGUUGAAGAACCCUGCUAAUACGCCAUAUUGAACCACAAAAUCUC